ACAACCUUACGGAUUAAUCGAGCAGAGGCCUGGUUUUCGAAAUUAAUCGAAUGCGGAAUAAUGGCGUACCCACCGAGGGUUGCUUUCAAUGUAAUUGCUUGCAUGUUUCUCGUGUGUGCACCCGAUCUAAUCACCGGACACAUUCGUUAUUCUAUUCCCGAGGAAAUGGAGCAAGGAGCAUUUGUUGGGAAUAUCGCUGAAGAUUUGGGACUGAAUGUACCGCAGUUGUCAGCUCGUAAAUUUCGACUGAGCUCUGAUGACGGAGGACGUUACAUGAAGGUCGGUUUGGAUAAUGGGCUUUUGUCUAUUCGUGGAAGAAUCGACAGGGAACAUAUUUGUGGACAGGCAGAUAUGUGUACUAUACCUUUGGAAAUAAUAGUGGAAAAUCCGUUGGAAGUGUAUCGCGGGGAAAUGGAGAUUCUUGAUGUAAAUGACAAUUCACCUACCUUCCGGGAGACCAGCAUUGUCUUGCAGAUGCCCGAAGCGAUUACACCGGGGGUACGCUUCCGUCUCGAGAGCGCGGAAGAUCCCGACAUUGGAAUAAAUACUGUCGCCGCCUACGCACUCAGUUCCAGUGAAUACUUUAGUCUAAUAACACGGAGAACCGAGGAUGGUAUUAUAAUUGCCGAGUUGUUGUUGGAGAAAUCUUUGGACCGAGAGCUACAGUCAUCCUUUCAGCUGUUGCUGACGGCCACUGAUGGUGGGAUCCCUCAGAGAUCCGGAACAGCUCAUAUUCUCAUUACGGUACUGGACACCAAUGAUAAUCCCCCGGUAUUCGAGCAUGAUGUUUACAGGGGCAGUAUAAGUGAAAACGCACCAGAAGGUACCUUAGUGAUGAAAGUUAAAGCAAAUGAUUUGGACGAAGGGCUGAACGCUGAGCUAACGUACUCGUUUAGUGAUAUUACCUUGCGUAGAGUGCAUGACUUGUUCAGUUUAGUCCCAGAUACUGGCGAGAUUCGCGUUGAAGGGCCGCUGGAUUUUGAGGAAGCAAACAGCUACUCACUCGAUAUUCAAGCUGUUGAUCACGGUUUACCUGCAUUUACAGGACACUCUAAAGUGCUGAUCAAGGUAAUUGAUGUGAACGACAACGCACCAGCGAUAAGAGUGUCAACAGGUACGAACAAAAUAGCAGAAAAUGCUCUACCGGGAACAUUCAUCACCUUGAUUAAUAUUAUCGAUCGUGAUUUUGGAGAGAACGGUCAACUGCGCUGCCAGAUACCAAAGAACGUCCCCUUUAGGCUACAGACAUCAUCGAACUAUUAUAAAUUAAUUACCAGUGAAACACUGGACCGUGAAGCGGUUUCGGAGUAUAACAUAACUGUUUCAGCCUGGGAUUUGGGGUCGCCUUCGCUGUCAACAAAUAAAACCAUCCAGAUUGCAAUUACUGAUGUAAACGACAACGCCCCACGGUUUUCUGAACCCUCCUACAACAUAUAUGUGACUGAAAAUAACGCUCCUGGCGCUUCUAUUUUCACAGUAACUGCGUCUGAUCCUGAUCUGGACCAGAAUUCCUAUGUUUCGUACUCCUUUAUGAACAAUCACUUGCCUGUGUCCACUUACCUCAGUAUCAACUCAGUGAACGGGACCAUUUACGCGCUGCGAUCUUUUGACUAUGAGGAACUCAAAACCUUCCAGAUCCAUAUUCAAGCCCGUGACGCUGGAGUGCCCCCGCUGAGCAGCAGCGCUACAGUGAAUGUGAUCAUAUUGGAUCAAAAUGACAACGUUCCGGUAAUUGUUUCACCUGCAUCACAGAGUGGAUCAGCAGCAGUGGAAAUUGUGCCCCAAUCGGCGGGCCAAGUGUACUUAGUCACCAAGAUAAUUGCAACUGACGCAGAUUCUGGUCAGAACGCGCGGCUCUCUUAUCAGAUGGUGAAAGCUACCGACCCCAGACUGUUUAACGUUGGGCAACAUUCUGGUGAAAUCAGAACAGCGCGCAAUAUCUUGGAGUCGGAUCCCACCACACAAACUUUGGUCAUCUUGGUGAAGGACAAUGGGCAGCCAAGCCUCUCCAGCACAGUUACAAUUGACAUUAUAUUUUUGCAGAAUAGCACAGAAAGAGUCACGGAAAGUAGUAACUUAGUGAAGAAUCCGGAAUAUUUUUCUGAUCUCAAUCUUUAUCUAAUAGUCAUUUUCAGUUGCACUUCCAUUGUCUUUCUUGUGUUCAUCGUUCUAUUGAUCGCAAUCAAGUGUAAACAGGACAGAAAUAUUACCCAAGAGUAUAGUUCUCCCAGUUAUUGUUUCAAACGUGGAGAUGUGCACGAAACGUUUAAUCUUAGACCUGCAAUGGAGGAAACUUUACGUUAUCCUGGUACUGGCCGUGUGGUCCCUGUGCCAGAACUGCAUCAUUACUCGCUAUGUCUGUCUCCAGAAUCAGCGAAUAGUGAUUUUCUUUUCUUGAAGCCACAUGGCGCUCCCGCUUCUCCAGCCCAAUGCUAAAAUUUAAGGAUGGGUAACAGCAAGGAAUGCCCAGUUUUUUUUUGCGGUCAGAUAACUGAAUCGUUGUGAGUGAAUUAUUUAAUAAAGUAUUCCCUUCGUACAAUUCGUUAGGCUUUCGGAUAAUGAGGAAUGCAGCUGUUGUAAUGGUCAAAACUUCCAGCAACUGGAAUGUAACCAUCUGAGAGUGGUGUUUAUUAACUCUGAUGAGAAUCCUCCUGCUCGAACUGAAUGACGUACACAAAUGGUUGCUGCGCAAAGGUUCUUGGCGCUUGGACGCUGUUGUGUGCUUGAAGAAUUAAUAUUUGAAAAUUGAAAUCAAACGAAUCGUUGACGCAAUAUGGUAUUGCACAUGAGUUGCUGAGAAUUCAUAGAAGAAAAAUAGGAAAAAAACGCAGAUGCUGGAUCCCAAAUAAAAGCAAUAUAUGCUGCAAACACUCAGCAUGUCAGGCUGCACCCGUGGAAAUAAAACAACAGUUAUUUUCUUUUCAGAUUCCGGAACGUUGGUCAGAACUGAUAAAAAGAGAAAAAAAAUUACAGUUGAAAAAGCAGAGGAAGGAAAGGAGGGAUGGACAGAACAAAGGGAAUACCACUGAAGUUGUCACUGCAAUUGGGGGAAUGGAGGAUGAAUUGUUACAACUGGGGUGACAUGGAGCUUUUAUUUUACUUU